AGCCGUCAACGUCAAACAAAUUGUGAUCAACCGUAAACAAAACAAACAAGUAUUUGUCAUUCCUGUUCAGUUCAGCCUAGUUGUGUAAUAAACGGAAAACUUUUUAGGAGCGAAACGGUAUAUACCUAGGGACAACUGUCAUGUGGAGGUGAACAACAAACUUAAUGAAAUCAAGUUUGCGUGUACCUAGCUAUAACGAUAGAAGAAUGAAAAAAGUAGUGCUAUUCAAAAGCCAGUCGGAAGAUUACGAGCAAGCUUUUGUGAAGUAUAAGUACAGCACGGUGUUCGUGGAGCCGCUGCAGUUCGGGCUGGUGCGCAGCGACGAGCUGGCGGCCAGCCUGCUGCGCGACUACGCGGGGCUCGUGCUGACCAGCCCGCGCGCCGUCGACGCCGUGGCCAAGUGCUGGGACCCCGCCAGGUUCGUCAUAUGGAACUCCAGGAGAGUCUACACUGUAGGUGACGCUAGCUGUCAUAAAAUCAAACUACUUCUUGGGUUAGAUGCUCGAGGUAUGUCAUCAGGAAAUGCUGAAAACUUAGCAAAAAUUAUUGUCAGGGAAAAUCCAGCAAAUUGCAAGUUUUUAUUUCCAUGUGGUAACUUAAGAUCAGAGACUCUACCAACAAUUUUGGAGUCUUCACAUAUCCCAGUAGAUGCAUUAAUGGUGUAUGAAACCAAAGAAAAUGAGAAUUUAAAAGAAGAUCUUAUGAAAGUGAAUGACUUGCACAAACCCUGUUGCAUGGUUUUUUUCAGUCCGUCGGGAUGUGAGUAUGUACUCAGGCAAUUACAGACAUUUAGCAACAGCCUCACAGAACUGCCACAUUUUGCUAUUGGCAACUCUACAGCAUACAAGAUUGAGAACCUUGGCAUUGAAGUGGCUGGAGUGGCAGCUAAACCCAAGGCAGACAGCCUGGUGGAGUCCAUACACAAGUACUUUACAAGUGUGCAGACAAGCUAACACCAUGCACUGUGCUUUUACUAAAUAAUCAUCAAUCAGAAGACAAUAAAAAAACAAUUGUGUCAAUCAGUAUAGGGUUAAAAAGGAUUUAGACAUAGCAGGUUCCUGCAUUUUGUCUAUUAUAUAAUAAGAUAUGGUGGGUUGUGUACAAAUAUUUAAUAAUAUGUUAAUACAAAGUGCAAAUUGA